CAACCCUCUUCCAAGCAAGUUGUUAAUUUGCUUUUUUCAAUAAUUCCUGGCAACUCCAACCGCACCCUAAACCUUCAUUUCCAUCUUCCGGUCGCCGUACUACCUCCGCCCUCAAUUUCUCGACUUUCAUUCCCCUUAUUAGCCUCCGUGUGGAUACCAAAGGGUUUUUGACUUUGCUGCACGGUAAAACGGGAAUCUUUCCUCUGGUUUCACGCUGAGUUGCUGUGAUUUGUUGGCCCCUGCAAUUGGUUUUCCCUCAAGGUAGAAAACACCGCUUCAAAUUUUCUUACAUCUCAAUUCUAUCUCCGCUGUUUUCUUUGCUCUGCUUCUGUUUAGUACCAAGCUCUUUGUUGUUCUUCUUCUCCAGGUUUUCCUCUGUGUUCUUAUCUUUACCCUCUUUGUCCUGUACGUGUUUGAUAAAAUUCCUCUUUCAGCUUUAUUGUGUUUUUCUUUGUUCAAAGCAUAUUGGUUAGAAAAAUUCCACGGAAUUGUAGUAAAAAUGUCCGGCUAAAGCUGUUUAGAGAAAAGUCUACAAAGAUGUUAGACUCCGGAUUUCAUGAUUCUUUCUUAUGAAAUACAUUAUUUUUUUUACAGUUCUGACGCGUAUAUUCCUCAAAACGAACACUUCUACAUUUUUCUUUAUCCAGUUUUUUCGACCUACUCAAUUCUUCUCCGACUUUCCUCUGUCUUUUAAAUAUGUUCUCUGCUACACAGUUUAUGACUUUUUCUUUUUCCUUUUUUUGUUCAAAUUGGGUAAAUUGUUGGUUGCGACUGUUUGUGAAAUUACAUACAAUUUCAACCUCAUGGCGUUAGUAUAUCAUCUCUAUUGUAAAAAGCUUAUGGGAUUUUUCAUAUUCCAAUUUGCCCUUUUAUAUGAAAAGUUUUAAGCUUUUUAUACAUUAGUUUUGGAUUUUUGGUGCAGAUUGUUAUCUUAAUUUUUUUCUAUGUUGGAUUUCUGUGGAAUUAUGAUAUAUAUGUGUUCUUACUCAAAAAAUACAAUAUGUUUUUCUCAUUAUCUCCUUUUCUAAUUUUAAUUUAUCAGCUUGCUAUCAACAAGUUUAUGAUUUGUUGUGCGAUGACACGAAGAAUAAUGUAGUCUGGAACUGAACUUUGGACUUUUACGUCUGCGAAGUGGACAAAAACUAAGAUGAAAAUUUUGUAUGUCGAUUACCUACUUUGUUGAUGGUUGCUUUGAUAAGAACAUGGUCCCUGUCUCUUUGGACAUUGGGAUUUUUAGCUACUAACUUCCUUCCUUUUUAAUAAGUUUAUGUGUUGUUAUCUGUAAGUUUAUCAUAGCCCCACAGAUUUUCUUAGUGAGAUUGACUAAUUAUGUUUAAUGGGCAUUCACCAAUAUCACUAAAUUUAGGAUAUGCUAGAAAUUCUUGAUUCUUAAAUCCACCACAAUCAAUUCCUAAAGUUGUAGUAUUUCCAACUUUACUUAGUUAGCACUUAUCAUGUUAUUAACCUGAAUAUGGUCUGUCAUAAAAGCGUUUGUUGGCAAGCUAAAAUCUGGAAAGUUCUUUAGUACAUCAAGUCACCUAACCCAUAAGUUCAGAUUCUUUGGUGGUUGUAGAGUUCACUUGUUUUUCUUCCAUUUAUUCUAUGAUUUAUUUUGUUGUUGGCAGUAAACUUUCUCCUCUACCAGUUAUUCACAUAAUGUCCUAUACCAUUGGUGUUUACUCGCUAUGAAGGUACCUAAAAACUUUUUUCAUAUUGCACAUUUGGAAUAGCAAAGAUCAUUACCAAGUUUGGGACCAAGCAAUGGUACUAAUAGGAGAUGAUGAAUUAAGAGGUGCCUUCGAUGUGCUUGAAGAUGCAAACACUCCCGAAUUUUGGGUUCCACCACAUGGAUGAUCAUCAGGAAAUGGAAAGGUUUGGGAUGGAGAACGAUUUUGAAGAUGGUCAGUGGAUCGGUGGUGAGUUCUACUACCGGAAGCGCAAAGAAAAGAAGCGUGUUCAAACCAAGGAUGAUGUCCUCUAUGGUGUUUUUGCUUCUGACGAUAGUGACUCUGACUAUGAGGGAUCCUCCAAGAAGCGGAAAAAAGGCCUUUCCACGAAGGCUGACCUCACCAAACCUGUUAACUUUGUUUCAACUGGAACAGUCAUGCCCGACCAAGAAACAGAUCGCAAUUUCAAAGAGGAGAAGAACCAGAAAAUGUCCGAAGAGAGCAAAGGUUUGGGAUCUGGAGCAUCUGUUGGCCUUGGAUUUAGUACUAGUUCCUCGAAGAAUAUUGCUGCUGAUGAAUACACCAAAACACAGGCCCAGGUUGAAAUUGAAGAGGAAAACUUUCUGCCCACUGCUUUUGGGAGGAAGAUUAAAGAAGGUGCCCUAAGACGUGAGAAGGAAAGGGAAAAGGAGAAGUCUAUGUUGGCCAAGAAAUCUUCUGAAUCAGGGAGAAGGGAACCUGAUGGUGAUGUUGGUGGCUUUGAGAAGCAUACCAAGGGGAUUGGGAUGAAGUUGCUUGAGAAGAUGGGUUAUAAGGGAGGUGGGUUGGGGAAAAAUGAGCAAGGAAUUUUGGCUCCGGUCGAGGCAAAGCUUAGGCCCAAGAAUAUGGGAAUGGGCUUCAACGACUAUAAGGAGACUAGUGCACCAGCUCUUCAAGAAUCAGAGGGAAAGCCUGUUGCUCGUCCUGCUCAACCUGUGGAAGGCCACUCAAAAGCGAAGCUUUGGUCAAAGCAAGCUAAAAAACUGAAGAAGGUUUACAUUACAGCUGAAGA